ACGCUCGCCGCAUGCGUCAAGGCAUCUCCAUAUUCGGUUUCCCAGUCCCAUUAGAAAACAAAACAUUUAUAAGUCAUGCAAUUUAUGUAUAAUGCUCAACAAUGAGGGGAUUUUUCUGAACGUGAUCCAGGCAGCAAGCCUGUUUUUCCUUUUACACACAAACUCUUGUGCAAAAAAUGUCGAUUCAACACAACACAUCUGUUUAGCCCAAGACGAAACUUUUCAUUCAUAAUGUUGAAAAUAAUCAUGACGAAGCCCGAUGUUUUUGAGUGUUAUUUCCAGCGUGGAAUUUUUCACUCUGAAAAAUGAAUCCGGAAUAUGAGAUGUGCUUAGGCGUUGUUUGUCUGUGCAUGUCCUCGUUUUUUGUCAGAAUUCAGCCGAUCGGUCUGGUGGAGCGGAUCCAGGCCAUCGCCCAGAACAUGUCGGACAUGGCAGGGAGGGUCGAGCAGAUUCUGCAGCGCAGCAUCGCGAGCAAAAAAGUUAGGGAAGGAACAUUGGGACAGUGUGACAUUCCAAAAGACCCUCAUUAUCCAGACUGCCCCGGCAAGAUGGAUUGGAUGCGCGCCCGUUGGACCUCUGACCCGUGCUAUGCAUUUUAUGGAGUCGACGGCUCGGACUGCUCCUUUCUCAUCUACCUGAGUGAAGUGGAGUGGUUCUGCCCCCCACUGGCCUGGAGGAACCAGACUGCUACGCCCACUUUGAAGCCCCCACCCAGAAAACAAGCUGUUUUCCGGUUUGACACAGGCGCUCUGCUGGAGCAGGUGGGCACCGGGAAGGAGUCUCUGAACUUCAUGAAGAGACGCAUACAAAGGCUGGCAGCGCAAUGGGCCUCUGCGGCUCGGCGGCUGGAUGACAAGCUGCGCAGCCACCGCAGGGACGAGAAGCGGAUUCUCGUCCACGUGGGAUUUCUGACAGAGGAGUCCGGCGAUGUGUUCAGCCCAAAGGUGCUGAAAGGGGGUCCGCUGGGUGAGAUGGUGCAGUGGGCCGACAUCCUCACGGCUCUCUAUGUGCUCGGACAUGACCUCAAGAUCUCUGUUUCUGUCAAGGAGCUCCACGGGUUUUUGGGGGUCCCCCCAGGGAGAGGAAGCUGCCCUCUGACUGGCGCUCUGCCCUUUGACCUCAUCUACACAGACUACCACGGCCUGCAGCAGAUGAAGCAGCACAUGGGGCUGUCACUCAAGAAGCACAAGUGCCACAUCCGUGUGAUUGACACUUUUGGCACAGAGCCGGCAUACAACCACGAGGAAUACGCCACUCUGCAUGGCUACAGAACCAACUGGGGCUACUGGAACCUUAACAGCCAACAGUACAUGACCAUGUUCCCUCACACGCCAGACAACUCUUUUAUGGGGUUUGUGGCGGAGGAGCUGAAUGAGACGGCGAGACUGAACAUCCAAAAAAGCAAAGUGAACAACAUGGCUGUCGUCUACGGCAAAGAGGUCAGCAUGUGGAAGCUUCACGGUAAGGAGACAUUCUUGUCCAUCCUGCAUCGCCACAUGGAGAUCCACGGGACGGUGUACUACGAAACGCAGCGUCCCCCGGAGGUUCCUGCCUUUGUGAAGAACCACGGCCUUCUCCCUCAGCAGGAACUCCAGCAGCUCCUUCGGAAGGCUAAGCUGUUCAUUGGAUUUGGCUUCCCGUAUGAGGGGCCGGCUCCUUUAGAAGCCAUCGCCAAUGGCUGCAUCUUUCUGCAGCCCAGGUUUAGCCCUCCUCACAGUUCUCUCAAUCAUGAGUUCUUCAGAGGGAAACCCACCUCCAGGGAGGUGUCCUCUCAGCAUCCUUAUGCAGAGCAGUACAUCGGCAGGCCACACGUCAUUACCGUCGACUUCAAUAACUCCGAAGAGUUUGAUGCAGCCAUCCGUGACAUCAUGAAGAUCAACGUGGAGCCUUUUUUGCCAUACGAGUACACCUGUGAGGGAAUGCUGGAAAGAGUUCAUGCCUACAUUCAGAACCAGGAUUUUUGCUCUCCCGAGGCUCGCUUUCCUCCGGUAAAUGCUUCGAGGAUAUGGCAGGGCAGCCCACUCGCUCCUUUCAUGCUCCUGCCCAACUCGAGCGUCCUAACUUGGGCCUCCAACAUCACCUCCCACGCAUCCUGGCCCCCGCUCGGGGCCCUGCAGCUCUUGGCUUCGCUGCAGGGCGAGUCAUGUGUGAAAGCCUGCCAGGACGCCGGCUUAAUCUGCGAACCUGCCUUGUAUCGUUUCAUCAACAUCAAGGAGGCCUUUAAUGCGCUGGACUUCCAAUGUGCGGGGCUGGAGUCAGAGAUGAAUCACCUCUUUCCCGCCUUCUCAGCAGAACAUGCAGAAUGUGGCCUGCAGCAGGACCCGCUGCUGUUCAGCUGCGCCGGUGCCAGCAUCAAAUACCAGCGCCUUUGUCCCUGUAGAGACUAUCGAGAUGGCCAGGUGGCCCUCUGCAGGGACUGCUUGUGACCGGAGUCGCCCGCUCCCGUGAGACCAGGAGAUCCUCUCUGACUCGGUAGCUUGUGGUCAAUUAUUUUGACAGGAGCCAUUUGGCUGUCCGAGUAGGUUAAAAAAAAAAAAAAAAACUCAGGGACUUGCAUGAUUGUACAAGUACUUUAUAUCUGGUGGGCUUUGAGUCUAAAGUUGUACGUGUGUGCUUUGGGACCAUAUGAAAGGAAUUGAUCAUUGAAGACGCCUCAUACUGGCUCUGUAAGCUUAAAAACGAAUUCCCAUGCAAUGGAAAAGGUACAUCAAUCUGUGUGUCUUGAUAUUGUCGGAAUCCUUUCAGUGAUCAUCGUGUAUAUUUGUAUCCGAUGGACUCAAAGCCAUUCACACCAUGUCAAGAUGUACUAUUUUCCAUGUCUGGUAUUUGUACAUAAUUGUUUAAUAAAUACGGAAAACAAGUCUAA